AUGAACAAUUUAUCUACUACUGUUACGGAUAUAACCAACGAAAUGGAAAGCAACAUCAAUAACAGCGGUAAUAAUCAAAUUAACAACAACACCAAUACCAUCGGCAACACCACCAGAGAUAGUCAUACUAUCAACGACAAUAUUGCUAUGAAUGAGUCCAGAAACGUUACCUCCUCUAGAGGUACAGGUGGUAGUAGAGACACUAGAGGUACGAGAGGUACCAGAGCUAGAGGUAACAGAGGUAGAGGAGGAAGAUCUAGAGGACCUAGUACAGCCACAGGCGCAAACAACUGGGUCUCUGUCAACUUCGAUGGACAAACAGCUUUAGAAAGUCAGGUACCAACUAACACUAAUAUCAUUAGACAGCGAGCUAGUGAUCCCGUUAAUCAAGUAUGUACAAAUGUUCCCAUUUCCCAGCCACCUGUCCAUAUGUCAGACAAUGCAAUUGUCGAAGAGCCCAGUGAAGGUGGAACUACAAGUCGCAGUUAUUUGGUAUGGCCGAAGAAGGCCAAGGAUAUCUUGCUGGAAAUUACCACGGAGACGCACCUUGUUUUAGUUGAAAGAAGUGAUACGAACAUGAAGAAACUUAUUUGGAAGUAUUCUACAAUUUUGAUGAAAAAGAAACUAUUGGAGAGUAACCCCACCGAUGCCGAAAAACCUUUUGCAGAGAAAGUUACAUCAGAGCAGAUGCAAACACAAUGGGCUGGAAUGAGAAGAAGAUAUACAACACGACGUGACGAGACUCGUGUUACUGAAAAUGGGGGUGAAUCACCUGAAGCUGAAGAGUACUAUGCUGUGGGUGCCAUUACAAGAGAUGAUCCCAGUAUCAAUCCUCAGAUCUUGUUCGAAACAGUUAACAUGGAGGAGACUGGUAUUCACAUAUAUGAUAUUGAUCAAGAUGAAGAUCUUCAACGAGUAGUGGAAUCAAAUCAAUCUGCAGUUGAAACUGGUCGCCAUUAUAGAAGCAAUGGUGUACAAAAUCUUCUGGGUUUAGGUAGAAUUUUGUAUAUGGAUGACACAGAAGUUAAAAGAGAGAUGAUCAACAAAGCCAGACGAGAACGCUACCCAAGCGCAUCUCUUAACCCUCCUCUUCCCCGGUUAGCAAGACAAAGCUCUUUCUUCGUCGAAGAUAUAACCAACGAGCAUAGCAAUUCAUCCGACUCAGAUGCAGAGUCAAUCAAUAUUCGUCCCCCUUCAUCAUCUCCAAUUACACCUGAUGCCAAUAUUCGUACUUCUGCUAAUUCCAAUCCUAUCACGCCAAACCCGUCAGCGUCUAACCCUUCCACAUCCAAUCGUUCCUCACUCCAUCGUCCCUCCUCCAACCGUCCCUCCUCCAAUCGUUCCUCAUCAAAUAUUUCUAACCCUCGCGCCACUUCCAUUCAUUCUGACUCAAGCAACAACGCCCCUUCUUUGAUCACCAAUAAUGUUGCCAAUAAUUCUACCUUUGAUCCAAUUGAAAGAAUUCAACAAAUUGCCAAUAAUGCUCAGUCUUCCAAUCGUGAAUUUAUGCAAACAAUAAUGACAUUGGGAGUCCAAGAGCGUGAACAAAGACAAAUCGAUCGUGAUGCUUUUUUGACGGGACUGGAAGAGAGUAGAAGAGCUACCAUGAAUGAAAUGGCUGAAAGAAGACGAGAAUUGAUGCGCGAGAGACAUGCCUUGUAUGAAGAGUCGGCUGAAAAAAGAAGAAAGCAUUUAGAAGAAACUUUUGAAAAGUAUCACAUGUUAACAAAUAUUCGUUCUAACAACGAAAACAAUUAGUUUUUUUUUUCUUUUCAUAAUAAAACCGUUCUCGUGAAAUAUUUUUCUUGACUGAGCAUCUACAGUUGACAAAUGUUAUCUUGCUUUCUAACUAAAACUUGCCACAAAAUAAUACGAUGAAUUGUAAGUUUUAAUAUGAUAAUAAAUAAGAAAGAAAAAAAAACCGUGCAUAAAUAAAAAACAACGUGCAUAAAUAAAACAAAUUUAUGCAUAUUCAUCUGAAUGUGAAAAAUCAGCUUCGUCUUCUUCUUGAUCGGAUUUCGUCAAAACAUU